AUGAAACAUUUUAUUCAGCCGGGCUCAGCCAUACCGCUAAUAUGUAUGGGCAUAUUGGAGUUAAGAUAUCACCAUGAUGACCUAUGGGCACCAAUACUAUCUGCCAUGUGCGGCUUUGUGAUGCUGUGCCAUGCGGUACUGAUCGCAAUGACCAUGUACGGUGACCCGGGUUGGCACAAGUUUUAUGGCUUUAUUCGUAACUCACUGUACCGUCCCUUUGGCUUCUGUACCGAUACAAGUGAUUAUCAGCCAAUUUAA